AUGAUCAGGAGCGACUACUGCAACGCACCAACCGCUAGCGCGCUACAUCCACACUCUGGUGGUAUGCAAUUUCCGUUGGAUAUUGGAGUUCGGCGCCAGAUGCAGUCGAGGCAAGAUAGACUCUAUAACUUUAUUUCUGUUUGUAGGUUAUUUGCAAUGCGUGGCCUCGCACUCUGGAUUGCCUUUUUUGCCUGCUGUGCCAUGGGGACCUGGGCAGCAUCCACCGCGGCCGCUGGGUCCACACCCGCUGCCGCAUCCACCGUGGCUGGCACCGCUGGUACGACCGCAGCAUCCACCGGUGGGUCUACCAUGGAAGCGGCCGCGACUACGGCUGCGCAGACGACGGCGCCUAUGUCUACUGCGGGUGCGCAAGGUUCUACACCGAUGACCACUGAGGGUGCAGCUGCGGGGACUACUGCAGCGAGCGGGGCUACCACUGUAGCAGGAACUGGCGCAACCACUGCGGCUGCUGCGACUACGGCAGCUGGUGAGACAACAGCAGCCGGUGCUACCACGGCGGCCGGUGGCACUACUGCAGCUGGUGAGACUACCGCAGCUGGCCAAACGACAGUCGCAUGAAUUGGCGAUGAAAUAGCAACAAUGAAGACAUAGGACUCUAAUAGGCCUGGACAAUUACAAACAACUCCCUUUGACUUCUGCUCUUCAUUUUUCCGGAUGAACCAUCUGUAACAUUUUUCUUUAAACCCUUAUAUAACAGUUGAUAAAACUGUUUUACACUAUUGUCCUG